GUGCGAUGUGUACUGAGACGGAAGCCUCCAUAGGUCAGUUUCAACCCGGCGUGUUCAUUUGAACAAGAAGAAGCUGCUGAGAGCAGCGGGAGGAGAGAGAGGGCCAGAACCAGAACACGAACCAGAACACAACCUUCAACUCUAUAGAUGGAGUGGCAGCCAGAUGAGCAGGGACUCCAGCAGGUCCUCCAACUGCUCAAAGACUCGCAAUCGCCCAACACAGUCACGCAGAGAGCAGUCCAACAAAAACUUGAACAACUCAACCAAUUCCCCGACUUCAACAACUAUCUCAUCUUUGUUCUCACACGACUCAAAACUGAAGACGAGCCGACUCGCUCUCUAAGCGGUCUGAUACUGAAGAACAAUGUCAAGGCCCACUACCAGAACUUCCCCCCAACUGUUGCUGAGUUCAUCAAGCAGGAAUGUCUCAACAACAUCGGCGACCCCUCGCCGCUCAUUCGUGCCACAAUUGGCAUCCUGAUCACUACUAUUGCCUCCAAGGGAGAGCUGCAAACAUGGCCCGAACUGCUGCCCCAGCUCUGCAACCUGCUCAACUCAGACGACUACAACACCUGCGAGGGCUCGUUUGGAGCACUGCAGAAGAUCUGCGAGGACUCGUCGGAGCUGCUGGACAGUGACGCUCUGAACAGGCCGCUCAACAUUAUGAUACCAAAGUUCCUCCAGUUCUUCAAGCACUGCAGCCCCAAGAUUAGGUCCCACGCCAUCGCCUGUGUGAACCAGUUCAUAAUUGGCAGAGCCCAGGCCCUGAUGGACAACAUUGACACCUUCAUAGAGAGCCUGUUUGCGCUGGCAGCAGAUGAGGACUCUGAGGUUCGAAAGAACGUGUGCCGAGCCCUGGUCAUGUUGCUGGAGGUCCGCAUCGACCGCCUCAUCCCCCACAUGCACAGCAUCAUCCAGUACAUGCUGCAGAGAACCCAGGACCCCGAUGAGAACGUGGCUCUGGAGGCCUGCGAGUUUUGGCUGACUUUAGCAGAGCAACCCAUCUGUAAGGAGAUGCUGUCUGGACACCUUGUGCAACUCACACCUAUCUUGGUAAAUGGGAUGAAGUAUUCAGAGAUCGACAUCAUACUACUAAAGGGUGACGUGGAGGAGGACGAGGCCGUACCUGAUAGCGAUCAGGACAUCAAACCACGUUUCCACAAGUCGCGCACGGUCACCCUGCAGCACGAAGGAGGGGAGGGUGAGGAGGGCGAGGACAAUGAAGACGACGAUGACGAUGAUGACGACACGCUGUCAGACUGGAACCUGCGAAAGUGUUCCGCCGCAGCGCUGGACGUGCUCGCCAACGUGUUCCGCGACGAUCUGCUGCCCCACCUCCUGCCGCUCCUGAAAGGCCUGCUCUUCCACCCCGACUGGGUCAUCAAGGAGUCUGGCAUCCUGGUGCUGGGGGCCAUCGCUGAGGGCUGCAUGCAGGGCAUGGUGGCCUACCUGCCAGAGCUGAUUCCCCACCUCAUCGCGUGUCUAUGUGACAAAAAGGCCCUGGUGCGCUCCAUCGCCUGCUGGACCCUGAGUCGCUAUGCACAUUGGGUGGUCUCCCAGCCCCCCGACUCUUACCUCAAACCCCUCAUGACGGAGCUCCUGAAACGCAUCCUGGACGGCAACAAGAGGGUGCAAGAGGCCGCCUGCAGUGCGUUUGCGACCCUGGAGGAGGAGGCGUGCACGGAGCUGGUGCCCUACCUGAGCUUCAUCCUGGACACACUGGUGUUUGCCUUUGGGAAGUACCAGCACAAGAAUCUGCUCAUUCUCUACGAUGCCAUAGGAACUCUGGCAGACUCAGUGGGUCACCACCUCAAUCAGCCUGAGUACAUUCAGAAGUUGAUGCCCCCCCUUAUUGCCAAGUGGAACGAGCUGAAAGACGAAGACAAGGAUCUCUUCCCACUACUGGAGUGUCUGUCGUCGGUAGCCACCGCCCUGCAGAGUGGGUUUCUGCCUUACUGUGAGCCCGUCUACCAGCGCUGUGUCACACUAGUCCAGAAGACGCUAGCUCAGGCUAUGAUGUACAACCAGCAUCCAGACCAGUAUGAGGCCCCUGACAAGGAUUUUAUGAUCGUGGCCUUGGAUCUGCUGAGCGGCCUGGCUGAGGGUCUGGGGGAGCACGUGGAGCAGCUAGUGGCCCGCUCCAACAUCAUGACCCUGCUUUUCCAGUGCAUGCAGGAUACGAUGCCCGAGGUGAGGCAAAGCUCCUUCGCUCUGCUGGGCGAUCUAACCAAGGCGUGCUUCCUUCAUGUUAAACCCUGCAUUGCUGAGUUCAUGCCCAUCCUGGGGCUCAACCUGAACCCGGAGUUUAUCUCAGUGUGUAACAACGCCACCUGGGCCAUCGGAGAGAUCUCCAUGCAAAUGGGUGCAGAGAUGCAGCCGUAUGUCGGCAUGGUUCUGCCACACCUGGUGGAGAUCAUCAACAGACCCAACACACCCAAGACUUUGCUGGAAAACACAGCCAUUACGAUCGGCAGACUGGGUUACGUCUGUCCACAGGAAGUUGCACCACAGCUGCAGCAAUUCAUCAGACCAUGGUGCACAUCGUUGAGGAAUAUCCGAGAUAACGAGGAGAAGGACUCGGCCUUCAGGGGAAUCUGUGUGAUGAUCGGCGUCAACCCUGCAGGAGUGGUGCAGGAUUUCAUUUUCUUCUGUGACGCCGUGGCGUCCUGGGUCAACCCCAAGGACGACCUGAGAGACAUGUUUUAUAAGAUCUUGCACGGCUUCAAGGACCAGGUCGGGGAGGAGAACUGGCAGCAGUUCUCUGAGCAGUUCCCCCCUCUGUUGAAGGAGCGCCUGUCGGCCUGCUACGGUGUCUAACCCAGCCUCCUCCUUUGUCCACACAGGACACCAACCUGUUAGGUUAAUGUAGGGGAGGGGUUACUGGGGAACUCAUUGCACUGCCCAGACGGUGGGGGAGAAACGAGAGCUGGAGGGAUGUGACUGGCAUUGAGCCUCCACUCAGCGGACGGCCCCCUUUCCCCCCGCGCCCUGUGUGUCUCUCUGAGGGAGGGAUGGGAGGGUGGGAGGAGGGUGGUGGGUGUGGGAGGGUAAACUGGGGAUAUACAUAUACCUCUCGGAUUAAACGCCUCACUAAAUCCAACACACUCAAAAGAGUGACUUUCGCCAACAGCACCGCAGGGAUCCUAGAUAGGCGAGGACUAAACGGGGGGAGGCUGGCUUUGACCGCCCCCCCUUUCCUCUAUUUUGAUUAUUCUGUUAAAGAUAGGCGACGGCUGGGAGGGGGAGGGGCGGGUGUGGGGGCGGCAGAUAGGUACAUUAAAAAAGGAAUUAUCUGAACCAGCAUAGGGUGCCACAGUCCCAAAACACCACAAUGCACGUAGACUGUUUUAAACAGCCGCGUGCCAGAGGCUAAACAAACAAACAAAAAAAAGACGCUUUUACUAUGUAACAAUGCAGGAAAUGUGCACAAAUCAUUUGCACCUUUUACGGCGAAAUUGCAUAAACCAUUUGGUGUGCAUAAACAUGGUUUCUUAUUCUCUUUUCACAUUUAGCUGAAUUUAAUUUCCUUCCUCCACCCCCCCCCCCUUCGGUUACUGAAUUCCUCCCGAAUCAUCUUUUUUCCCCCCCUCUCAUUUGAGGUAAAAAAACAGAAAGUAGGUCUGUCCUCUUAAGGUUUUUACCACCGCAGUACCAAGUUAUUGCAUGGCAUAUGAUCACCUCUUUAAAUGAAGCAUGUUUAAGUGAAUGUCUGUCUUGUUGCUUACAUUAAUUGUCAGUAAGGGGAGGCUGCCAUAAUUCGAAGCGGUCAGGUGCUUGGUUCGUUUGUCCUCCCAUUCAUACGUGUCGUCCUAAUCAAUUAGUUUAAUGGAGGCUGUGUGUGUGUGUGUGUGUGUGUGUGCGUGUGUGAGAAGACCAACUAUAGGUAGAUAAAUGCAGGAAUCAGCUUCACUUCAAAUACUGUAGGUAAGUCGAGAAUCCUUUUUUUGCUGCUGCUGCUUCGUUUUAAGAGACUUUACAAAAAAAAACGGACUCAAUGAGAGCGAUAAGACAUCACCAAGAAUGAAUUGGUUCUUACUGAUAUAAAUGCACUUUUUUUUGUAAGAAAUUUCAAAUACAGUAAUAAUAUACUGAUCUAGUUUCUUUUUCUUUUUGAUAAGUGAUUUUAGGACUGUUAACGGCUUGCUAAAAAGUAAGCAUUAUGAUGAUAAUGUUAAGCAAUGGUAAAAAAAAAAAAAUGACUAGGUAAGACUUGAGGCCUCUUAACAUAGUUUUAUAUAAUGUAGCUC